UCUAUGCUUUGACAGAAUUUUAAGAGAAAGCAAACAGACACGCAUUCGAUUAACAACAACAACAAAACAUUAAUAUAAAAGAGCUUUAAUGUUUGAUGAAGAAAAUUUACUGUAAAUUGUUGAACACAAAUUCAGUCAGUGGCCGGCAUUAGAACAACUAACAACGUAGCGGUUAAUUUCAAAAGAUAAAAAUAAUAAAUUAACGUUUAUUUUGUUUCUAUUUAAAUAAAUCCCAAAUGUCUAAUUAGAUAGUAAACAAAAACAAUUAAUAACAUAAACAAUGUCUAACAUAUUAGAUUCCGCCAUAAAUUGGCAACCGGAUGAUUAUGUAUUAUUUCGUAAAUGUGGUGAAAUUACCAUAUCACCGGAUAUACAAAAUAUCGGCUUUAAUUGUUUAUUCUGUACGGGUGUAUGUUUGCAAUCCGAUCUAUUUUUGCAACAUUUACAAGAACAACAUAAAGAACAAGUUUUCAAAUUGUAUGAAGUGGAAAAUUCAAAUCUAACGGGUGAAAUUUGUAUAACAAACCCUAACAAUGCCUCAGAUAUAUUGUUAAAUAUAAGUGCUACAAAUUUAAAAAAUACAGUGAUUACCGACAACAACGCUAUUAACAUUACAAAUCAGUUGGCGGUAGAAGAAAAUCAAGAAAUUAAAGAAAAUUAUAUAAUUUUAAAUGGUAUGGUAAAUAUGCCUUCGCACGACCUCAAUUUAGUAAAUGAAUUGACAACAAGCGAUUUAUUAACGCUUACCUCUGCAAAUCAAGACUUCGAAAAUCUUAUUACACUUAAUUCCUUCGAAAAUCUUGCAAAUAACACGACUAGCAACACUUGCAACACCUUGACCAAUAGCUGUACGACUACCUUUACUCUACCCACUAACUACUGCUGCACUUCCGCCUCCCUGGCUUCACCGGAUGACAAUGAAUAUGAAAUAGGCGAUGGCGAAGAUAGUGGUAUUAUGUUGGUGCAAAGUCCCGGCUGUAAUAGUAGUGACGAUGGUGUUUGUGGUGGUUUUAGUGAUUGCAUGUCAUUUACUGAAGAUAGCAGCAGUAAGUCAAGCAGUACUUAUCUACAAACUUGCUCUAGUCCUUUGCCGGACUAUAUAACGCAAACCAUAGAAACCGAUAAAUCUACUGAUAUAAAAUCUUCAAAAUCCCCUAAAGGAAAAUAUAUAAAAACGCCUGCCAUGCUUAAAGCUUUAAAUAAUAAAGACUUGAUCGUAUAUCUGCUCGAUGUCUAUAGAAAAAAUGAAAAACUUUGGAAUCCCAAACAUAAGGACUAUAAAUAUAAUGCUCAUCGCAAUGUGUAUAGUGAACUCUCACAGCCUUUAUUGCGUGAAAUGAAAUACUCAUUAACGGGAGAGGAAAUUUUUGGUAUAAUUUAUGAAUUAAGAGGACGUUAUCGUCGGGAAUUACAUAAAUUCGAAGCACGUAAGGGUAAACAUAAAACACGUUUAUGGUAUUUUGAUAAAAUGGACUUUCUAAGGCAAACUAUAGAAGAAAAGAGAAAGGAACGUAAUAAAAAUAAGGACAAUGAGGUAGAAAACAGUAAAGAGCUUACAAAUCGUCAAAUUUUAAGUUCCUUAUUAAAUCUAUAUAGACAAUAUGAAUCGUUAUGGAAUCCUCAUGAUAUGGAGUAUGAUAUAUGUAAUAAAACAAAGUUAUUUGAGGAAAUUUCUGAACAAUUAAAAGAGAAUAUUAAAGUUAUUAUGACACCAGAAGAGUGUAAAAAUGAAAUACAAAAAUUAUGCAUAAGAUAUCGUAAGGAAUUGAGAUUAUUAUAUAAACUAAAGGGUUUGUAUUUGCCUAAGCUGUGGUGUUUUGAUGAAAUGGACUUUCUGAGAAACGAAAUGGAGGAAAAAAUAAUAAAAAAUUUGAGAAAGGUUACCCAUCCUUCUGCUAAUUCGCUCAGCCAACGACACGCAUUCCUCAAAGUCUCCGAAAUAAACUUUGAUAAUUUGGAACAACAACUACAAUUCAUUGAAAUUUAUCACUCUUUUAAUUCCCUCUGGGAUGUAGAUCAUCCCGAUUAUAGAUCAGUAUAUUAUCGUAAAAAAGCUUUAAAUGAUAUGCUGGAAAAAGUCAAUUUAACCCUUAAACUGGAAAACUCAUACAAUCUAGAGCAAUUAGAAAAAACACUUUAUCUUUUGCGUAAAGAUUUUUCACAGGAAAAACUUAAAAGAUUAAAGGAAAAUCCUCUAAAAGAUGAAGAACACGCCAGCGGCAUGUCCUUUGUUUUGUAUGAAAAAUUAGCACAAUUUUUAGCUAUAAAUUUAGGACCAUUUCGCUGUAACCAUUGUCAGCUUAUAGUGAAAACUUAUGAUCAAUAUAAAAUACAUAAAGCCAAACAUGAGGGUACUCUACCUUUUAUCUGUACAUUGUGUGGUAAGGGUUUUCAAAUGCCCGGCAAUCUUACCAUACAUAUAAGAAGACAUAAACAUGAUUUUCCUUAUUCCUGUGAGAUUUGCAAAAAAUCAUUUGCCACUUCCACCGAGGUCAAUAUACACAAGCGUUCACAUACCGGCGAAAGACCCUAUAAGUGUGAAUGGUGUGAGAAAACUUUUAAAACCUGGUCAUUUUACGAUCUCCAUAGACGAACGACACAUCUCAAUCAAUCGAAUUUUCAUUGCCCGAUUUGUGAUAAGGCCUUCUAUGAACGUAAUCGUUUUACGGAUCAUAUGAAUGUUCAUCUAAAUAUACGUAAACAUCAGUGUGAUGAGUGUGGCAAGAGUUUUACUACGUUGGGGAAUUUGAAGAAACAUUGGAAUUUACAUGCCAAUAUGAAGAAAUAUAAGUGUCAAAUAUGUGACAAAAGAUUUACACAAAUUGCCAGUUUGCAAUGGCAUCGAAAGAUGCAACAUAUGAAUAGUGAAAUUACAGCCUGAAAUAUUUCUAAUUAAUUAAUGAAAUGUCUUUUUAUUUAUGUUUUUUUUAUAAAUAUAUUUUUAAAGAUUA